AAUCACUCAAGCAUUCUUCAACCCAACCAAAUCUACUCUUAAUCCUAAUAACUCCACCAACCCACCCAAAAUGAAGCUCUCCAUCUUCUCCGUCCUCACCCUCGGCCUCGCCGCCGGCACCCUUGCCGCUCCCACCCAGGUGCAGGAGCGGGACCUCCCCACCGUCACCGGCGUCCUCUCCGGAAUCGGUACCAAGGUCGACGCUCUCGGCUCCGCCAUCAACGCCUACAACGGUGGCGACGUGAGCAAGGUCCAGGCCGCCUCCAACAACCUGGUGACUGCCAUCAACGACGGCAACACCAAGGUCAGCGGCUCCGGGGCCCUCAGCUCCGGUGACGCCCUGGGUCUCCCCGGCCCGGUCAACGACCUAAAGACCAAGAUCACCACUGUCGUUAGCAACCUCGACAAGAAGAAGGCCGAGAUUGUCAAGGCGGGCAAGGGCGCCCAGACCUACAAUGACUUGACUCAGCAGAAGGCGGCUGCGAAGAAGCUAUCCGACACUAUUGUCUCGAAGGUUCCCCAGAACCUGCAGAGCCUUGCUAGCAACAUUGCCGGCGGUAUCUCCGAUGCCAUUGCUGUUGGUGUCAAGGACUUUGCGGACCAGGCGCCCAAGAAGCGUGAGGCUGAGGCUGAGGCUGAGGCUGAGACUUUCCAGGCUGCCCCUGUCGCUGUGGCUGUUUAAGGGGGGUGAAUUGAGGGUCUGCUGCCCUGAAAGUCAGGAGCUGUUCUCUUGCCUGGGCCUGGUUUUGUGCAGACGUGUUGGGGUGCAUGUAUCGGAACACAUACAUCCUUUAAUCAACACUCUACUGUCCUGGGGUGUCUGGACACCUUUGUGGUCGAGUGGCAUUCUUUUUUCCACGGAAUGGUAUUGAUCUGAUGACUUUGUGCGGAGGAACCGGU